AUGAGUUUUAGAAGAAGCUUCAGAAAUUUGGAUCGUCAAUCAUUCAAACAACCAAAUAAAGAAUUAGAUGAAAGAGGAAUAUUAAUGGAUAGCGAGUAUCGUGUUAUUCUUAAUGUUGGUGGAAUUCGGCACGAAUGUUAUAGGCAUACAUUAAAAAAAAUACCAGCUACAAGAUUAUCAAGAUUAACAACAAAUUUAGCUAAUUAUGAUCCUGUUCUUAAUGAAUAUUUCUUUGAUAGACAUCCAGGAGUCUUCCAUAUGAUUUUAAAUUAUUAUAGAACUGGAAAAUUGCACUAUCCUUUAGAUGUUUGUGGUCCUUUGUUUGAGGAAGAAUUAAAAUAUUGGGGUUUAGAUGCUAAUGAAGUUGAACCAUGUUGUUGGAUGACAUAUACACAACAUAGAGAUACACAAGAUGUAUUAGCAACAUUAGAUAAACUUGAUAUUGAUGAUGAGACACUUAAUAAUAAGGAAGAAUUAUAUAAAUUAUUUGGUUGGGAAGAUGAUUAUUAUAAUGAUAAUUUAUCAAGUUGGCAAAAAUUAAAACCAAAAUUAUGGAGAAUUUUUGAUGAACCAUCAUCUUCUCGUAGUGCUAAAAUAGUAGCAGGAAUUUCUGUAUUUUUUCUUUGUGCAGCAAUACUUGUUUUUUGCCUUAAAACUCAUCCUGGGUUACGUGUUUAUGAUAUUGGAAAUAUCACGAGUACAAGUUAUAUUCCAACAAUAGAAGAAAAUAAUAAUCUUCAAAAUGUUUUAUCUCAAUCUUACAUUAAUGGCUUCUUUGAAUAUAAAGAAUCAGAUAGAAAUAAAAGAACAUCAAAUUCAAAAGAUAAUACACUUUUUUCAAAAUAUCAACCUGGAGAUUAUCAUUUAAAAGUUUAUGAGGAUGGUUCUGUUAAAAUUCAACAACUCAGGCAUCAACAACAUCUCAAAAAUUAUGAACAAGAUUAUAUUCCAAAAAGAAACACUAAAUAUAGGACUGAGGCUAUUGGUAUUGAUCAAAAAAGUUCUAGACCACAUAGUUCUUUUAUUAUUGUAGAAUUAAUUUGUAAUAUUUGGUUUACUAUUGAAAUUGUUAUAAGAUUUCUUACCUGCCCAUCAAAAACAAAAUAUUUUAAGGCACCAGUUAAUAUAAUAGAUAUGGUUGCUACAACAACCUUUUAUAUAGAUCUUCUUUUAACAACAUUUGGAGCAACUGCUGAUUUAGAAUUUUUUUCAAUUAUUAGAAUUAUGAGAUUAUUUAAAUUAACUCAACACUCGCAAGGUCUUAAAAUUUUAAUGCAUACUUUCAAAGCUUCAGCCAAAGAAUUGAUGUUAUUAGUUUUCUUUUUAGUUCUUGGAAUUGUUGUUUUUGCAUCAUUAGUAUAUUAUGCUGAAAGAGUUGAAGUAAAUCCAGGAAAUCAAUUUCAAAGUAUUCCAUUAGGUUUAUGGUGGGCUAUUGUAACAAUGACAACUGUAGGAUAUGGUGAUAUGUCUCCACAAACAUCAAUGGGAAGAAUUGUUGGUAGUUUAUGUGCUAUAAUGGGAGUUUUAACAAUAGCAUUACCUGUACCAGUUAUUGUGUCUAAUUUUGCUAUGUACUAUUCACAUACUCAGGCACGUGCAAAAAUGCCAAAGAAAAGGCGUGGUGUUUUAAGUAUUGACCAAAUAAAACAAAAUCCUAUGCCUCCUGUAAGAAGAAAUUUUCAAGCAUCAAAGUGUAAUUUAGAUUCUAAUACACCAUUAAUGAAUAAAAAAAAUUCAAUAAAUGGAUCAAAUUCAAAUUUACAAAAUAAUGGUUUGUCAACACAUAUAAGUAAUAAAUUGGGAGCUAUGAAUAAUGUAAGAAUGUAA